AUGCUCACCGAGAGUGGACGAUUUCUUGUGUUGGCAUCGUGGAGGAGUGUACAACAAGGGGCGGUGUAUACGACGAGGGACAAGGUCGGGUCAUGCCGGCCAUCCCCUAAACAUGGAGCAAGCAAGUCUCGGGCGUCAGUCAGGAGGUGGAGCACGACCCGCCACAAAUCUGGCACAGGCGUCCCUACAACUGCGCAACUGCGCAUUACCAACUUCGUGGAGGCGCAUGUGUUUCACUCUCUUCAGAAGAUGACGCAGACCGAGGAGGCGUGUGGUUCGGCACAGGGCGGUCACACCACACCACACCCUCAACCUGCGGCAGGAAACUGGCUCUUCUUGCACUGGAAGACACAAACUGUCUGCGCCUUUCAUGGAGGGAUUGGACCCUGCCUCUCACCAGCUCUGACCUGGCAACACUCGGCGUCAUCCAGGGAGGGAGGACAGGACAGGACAGCCUUGCUUCAUCUAACCUAACCAAUACAUGUUGCUGCGUCAUCCAGGGAGGGAGGGAGGACAGGACAGACUGCCUUGCUUCAUCUAACCUAACCAAUACAUGUUGCCAAUCACUCUUGUAAUGUUAUUUAUUAUUCCUUCCAUCUAAUGUGAAUAUGCCCACAUGUGUAAUGUUGUUAUUCCUUAUGUUCUGUGAUGGACCCACAUGACUGCUGUUAGUACUAAUAAUAAAUCAUAAUAAGAAAA